AUCUUAUCUCUAUUUUAAAUACUCAAAAAGUAUUCCUAUGUAGGGACGCGUUUUUUUCGAUCACCCCGUAUAGAUUGGUUUCGCGGAGUCACGCGACGCGUGUCACAGUCGGACGAUUGCACGCGCGCAGGCUGAUUUCGAAUGUGCAUGCGGGUACGAUAAAGAGACGCGCGCCGGCAUGGUAUUACGUAAUCACGCGUAGAAAUAAUUUUCCUCGUACUAAGGUGGCAUCGGAACUUGAUUGUGCAUCCCUGUAUUUGCUAUCCUGAGAGAUAGAUAGAUAGAUAGAUAGAUAGAUAGAUAGAUAGAUAGAUAGAUAGAUAGAUAGAUAGAUAGAUAGAUAGAUAGAUAGAUAAAUAGAGAGAGAGAAAGAGGGGGGAGGGGGAGAAGAGAGAAUUCUCAGCUAUUUACAAUACAGAAUAAUCUUAUAUCUCAUUUAGAAUACAUUUUUUCAAUAUUCUUUUAAAUUCUUUCACUCUUUCACACAUUUUUAUCUCGGCUGGUAAUGAGGUAUACAUUUCUAUAUUUUCAUAAAACAUACUCUUUUCAGCAACUUCUACUUUUCUGAAAUUUAAAGAGAGAGAAAAGGAGAGAGAGAGAGAGAGAGAGAGAGAGAGAGAGAGAGAGAGAGAGAGAGAGAGAGAGAGAGAGAGAGAGAGAGAAAUCAAGCACGGAGUGACAUAGCGCGGUCUUCUAUUACAUCGUAAAAGUCUGCAAUAAUUGGAGAAAAAAAGUAUGAUGUCAUUCUUGCGGCGAGGAAGACAUCGCCGGUUUGCUCAUAAAUUUGACCAUUCUUUUCCUUCUAUCGCGCUAAUGAGUCGCCACGUGUAAACCCGAGUUCCCAUUCCCAAAUCGUUUCGCUCGUAGUUUUCGAUACGUCGACGUGGAAAAAAAAAACGAGCAGCCGUGAAUAAUGUGAUAGCUGACGUUUGCAUUUCCGAUUACAGGUGUAUUAUAUCUGUUUGUAAAGUUAACAUCGAUAUUCCGCUAAAACUGUUUACUGCGCAAGCACCGUAAUUAAUUUCGCAAUUAAUUCCGAAUGCGGAUCGAGUACACAGGUGUAUCUUUAAAGACUCCGUGGAUGCAGAUAGCGUUUCUACGCAACUAUCUGAGUCUACUACUGAGUUGAUAAUGCCCCGAUCACGCCGAGGUGGCCGAAAACGGCAAUUAAAGCGCCUUAAGAGGCGACUAUUAGAAUUGGCUACCUUUGACCCCAGGGUCUUUGGUGUCCCCCCGGUCCCCCGAAUCGUCCUCACUACGACAUCCGUCUCCGGAGCCCUUCACCCUAAGACGACCGGACACAUCGCCUCCUCCGGAGUCUCCGACACUGCAACCGGCAACGGUAUCUCAGCGUCCGCGGACAUUUGCAUCCCGGCCGGCAACUCUCAGAAUACCUCCGCGCCAGCGACCUCCGGAGGACCUUGUCCCCUUACGGAUACCCACCAGGCCCCUGCCGAUAGCUCGGCAGAUUUGGCAAACGGAUGUGCAUCCCCUAUCGUCCCCGCGGCCAAUGCCGCGAAUAAUAAGCAACGACCGACUGCUCACGCGAUAUAGAUUCGUUGUCACGAAAAGUACUAGCCCUAAAUCAACAGCAUGGGUACCUGCUAGGAAUAAGAAAAAAAAAAUAUAAAUACAUAAUUCUAUGUAAU